CUGCACUAACCGUUGGGCUCUGCCUCUCUUCCACCACCACACCACUCUCCUCCCAUUCUUCUACCACCUGCUGCACCCCUAAAAAAACAUCUCUCUCUCUCUCUCUCUCUCUCUCUCUUACCAUACUCACCCCUCUCUUCUCUCUAAGGGGCAUGGUUCCCACCCCAUCGUCCUCGUCUAAGCCCAAUUGGAGUAUGGCCACUGCAGAGACUCCAGCUUUGUCAUCCGCUGCGGCUCAGCUCCAACGACUCCUUCAGUUAGCCGUCCAAAGUGUGCAAUGGACAUACAGUGUCUUCUGGCAAAUUUGCCCACAACAAGGGGUACUUAUUUGGGGUGAUGGUUACUAUAACGGGGCAAUAAAGACGCGCAAGACGGUGCAGCCCAUGGAGGUUAAUGCCGAGGAGGUGUGCCUCCAGCGGAGUCAACAGCUGAGGGAGCUCUACGACUCACUGUCGGCUGGAGAGACGAACCAGCCCUCGAAGAGGCCAUGUGCCGCCCUCUCCCCCGAAGACCUCACCGAGUCUGAGUGGUUCUACCUCAUGUGCAUUUCCUUCACCUUCCCUCUUGGUAUCGGGAUACCGGGGCGGGCAGCGAGUAGGAGGCAUUAUAUAUGGCUCACAGGCGCCAAUGAAGAAGACAGCAAAGUCUUCACUCGAGCAAUCCUCGCCAAGAUGCCUGCUUUUGCUGUCCUCCUAAUCCAGAGCGCUCACAUUCAGACAAUCGUGUGCAUUCCAGUUAUGGAUGGAGUACUGGAGCUCGGCACCACCGAAAGGGUGCAAGAAGACUCCAGUAUGGUGCAGCAGCUGAAAGCCUUGUUCAUGGAUGACCAAGGCCAACUCCAACCUCAAAAGCCAGUCCACUCUGAACACUCCACCUCCAAGCCUGCCACUUCAACAGACAGCUUUCCUUACCACCGUGAUCAUCAUCGCCCACAUCGUCAACAUCAUCAUCAACAACAUCAGCACCAUCAACAACCACAUGACCAGCAGCAGGAGCAGCCCCCACUCCCAUGGCAGGCAGUGGAGAUAGAAGAGGAGGGGGAUGGGGAAUCAGAGUCGGAGAGUGAAAGGGAGAUGCAGACCAAGGAUAUUCAGGUCGGUUUGUCACCAGAAGGCUGCUCCGAUCCUAACCCCAUCAACAUGACUGCUCACACCUCAUUAACCAACCCACCUUGCCAAGAACAGCACUUGCCAAUGCCCACCAACAAUCUCUUACUCGACGACACCAAUCCAUGGCCACUUCUACAUGAUGACAUCAGCAUCGGUCUCCCUUCCUCUGGAGCCACCAUGCAUAGGGAUGACAUGGUGGCAACACAGGAAGAUGGACACUAUUCCAAGACCGUUGCUGCUGUCCUACAACGCAACAACACCAACAACAAUGCAGCUCCUCCAUUUCUUGUAACCUACUCUUGUCAGUUUCCAAAGUCAGAGGACACAGUAUUUUCCAAGUGGAAGUGGAACAACCAAGCAGCCACCACCACUAGCCAAGGAGGAGGCGGCCAACAGUGGCUACUCAAAUACAUACUCUUCAGUGUUCCUUUCCUUCACAGUAAGUACAGGGAUGAGAACUCCCCUAAAGCAAGGGGGGAUGGAGAGAGUGGCAGCAGGCUGCGGAGGGGUGUCACCACUCCCCAAGAUGAGCUUAGUGCCAAUCAUGUCCUAGCAGAACGGAGGAGGAGAGAGAAACUCAAUGAGAGAUUCAUAAUUCUCCGCUCCCUCGUUCCCUUUGUUACUAAGAUGGAUAAAGCUUCUAUCUUGGGUGACACGAUAGAGUAUGUGAAGCAACUGAGGAAGCGCAUACAAGAUCUUGAGUCCCGUAACAGGCAGAUGGAAAUCAAUUUAAAAACAAGGGCUUCAGUCAGCUCAGAAACACAAAAAUUGUCAAGUACAAAAGAUAGAACUAACUCAAACACCAGUGCAGUAUUGACCACAGCUCAAACACUCAAUGACCGCAGCAGAACUAUGGCCUUAGACAAGAGGAAACGUCACAUCUUGGAAGGUGCAAGGACCAAGAUGGCAGCAGGAGGGUGCAUCACUGAUGUACAGGUCUCCAUAAUUGAAAGUGAUGCACUUCUCGAGUUGCAGUGCCCAUACCGAAAUCGAUUAUUGCUUGAGAUCAUGCAGACAUUGAAUGAGCUCCACUUCGAAACUCAGUCUGUCCAAUCAUCUUCAGACAAUGGUGUUUUGAUAGCUGAAUUCCGAGCAAAGGUCAAAGAAAAUCCUAAUGGGGAGAAGGUAACACUUGUGGAAGCCAAACAAGCCAUUCAUCAUAUCCUUGAAAAUUGCUGACAAAAGCAAAGCUGCGCAAGCUCUGCUAGAAAAGAAACGACAAAGCAGGCAUCCAUGGUGAAAGUUUUUCAAUAGGAAAAAUAAACCAUGCAUCAAGAAAGAAUAUUGAAUCCCAGUGAAAGCCCUUAAGUUUUGAGAGAGCAGUUUUUUGUUGGUGUUGAGCCAUGUAAAGGAAUGCAGUUUUCGUGUGCUCAAAACAUUCAAACAUACAUAAUGGCUCUGCAGCAAAUGUCAUUCAAACUUCCGCUAUGGCACCCCAGGUGUUGAGUGUAGAUUGUUAUCCCAGACUGUUCAAAAUGAAGAUAUGAGUGUGAUAAGUGAUGUCCGUUGAUUUUCCAAGGAUCAAUUGAGAGGGGCCACCACAGUGCACUACUGAUUGAUGGCGAGUGUGACAUAUAAGAAAAAUUCCAAUCAAGAAUGUGCAUUAUAAAAUUUUGUAUUAUAGAAGUUUCUUGCACAACUUUGUAGUCAAUAUAAUAAAUUUUAACAAGCAAAAUGUGGGUCAUCCAUCAAUGCUGGCCCAGUUUCCUUUCUC